UACCAUUAUUUUCUUCCAGAUCGUGGCUUGUUCUUCUGACUGACUCAAUCGAUUUGCCAAGAUGCCUGUAUCACUAAGUGAGUGGAGGGUCCGAAUUGGAACAUUCGUUCAUUGGAUUAGGGAGUAUGAGGUUAAGGAGAGGAGAGAAAGAUUGCUUAAAGAAAGGAUUCGAAGACUGAAGGUUCUUUGCGAGAGACUUGAAGCAAAAAGGGGUGAUUCUGGGGAGGAUGACAAAAGGAGACAAGAUGGCCCUGAUCCCAAGGGAUGUCCUCAUAAAACUGCGAACAUUCGGUCAUCAGGAAAUUCAUCAGAUAUCAAGGAUUUACUAACUUCAUGUGAUCAGUGCAUACAAGAUUUAUUAACAGCAAGUGAUUCUCAUAUCAAGGAGAUACUCACUCCUUCUGCUACUAGCAUCAAAGAACUCAUUACCCCAAAUGACUGUAGCAUCAGAAGUCUAAACUCAUUGAAUGGUCCGACUAUCAAAGAUAUAAUCACACCAAACGAUUCUGGUAUCAAAGAGCUAAUUUCAACAAAUGAUUCUAGAAUAAAAAAUCUGGUCAAGGCAAAUGACGAUUCUAGAAUUCAAGAUCUAGUCAAGUCAAAUGAUGAUUCUAGAAUCCAAGAUUUACUCACGACAAAUUAUUCUAGUACAUGUAUCAGCGAUCCAAUUACACCAAGAUAUUGUAGUAUAAAAGAUUCAACUUCAUUAAAUGCUUCCAGUAUCAAAGAUCUCAUUACACCUAAUGAUUCUAGCAUCAUAAAUCUAAUCACGUCAGAAUAUUCUAAGGUCAAGGAACUAAUCACAUUCAAUGAUUCCAAAAUCGAUAGUCUACUUAGUCCAAAUAAGACCAACAUUAAACGGCUAAUACAGCCGGACAAUGACUAUAUUGAAGAGCAGCUUGCACGUACAUGUACAUCAGAUGAUGAAAGCAUAGAGCAUGAUACCCAAGUUGGUGAUUCUGAAGAACAGCAUAUGUCUGAUUUUUCAAUUUCACCGAGUCAUAGUCUGUCAGACGCUUCCGUGAUGGAGCUACUCACAUCCUCCAAUUCGUCCACGAAAGACCUUCGGACUCCAACUGAUGAUUUGAAUGCUUAUCUCAUCAUAAAGACUUCUAACAUCAAAGACCAUGAAACCCAAUCAGAUGGCUCUGUGAAAGAGCUACCAUCACCUGGUUCAGGAACCACAGUAUGCCAAACCUUUGCACCAUGUGAUGAUCUCCUGGUGGAGCUCCUAAAACCAACUGUGUAUGCAAGCAAAGAUCUUCCUUCAAUUGACCUUUGUUGCCAUGAACCUGACAGACAAAAUGAGCCAUUUUCUGAAGAGAGUCGCAAACGACCUCAUUUCGUGGGCAAAGAGCAACAUCCUCAACCUUAUACUUUCACCAAGGAAGCAACUGAUGAUGAAGUCCUCAAGGAACAUCAUAUAUCAUCGGGGAGCUGCAAGAAGUCACAGACUGAAACCAGUAUUCUCAUGGCAGUCGAACGCAGUCCGGUGGUGGUUCCGUUCAUCUCAAGAAAAUACCGCAUCAGCGACAGAUAUGAAGAGAAACAGAUGGAAGAAUCCGCAUCAUCUUGUCAUGGACCGUCCUUGAAUUCAAAGACAGAUUUGAUCUCUGGACAGAUUCCUCCUCUCUCCGAAUUGCUCCUCUUGAAAUCUGGUGAUGUAGAGCUCAACCCAGGCCCUCGUGAAGAGUAA